UCAACUUGACUUAUGACCAUCAUGUCCGCCAGGCUUGCCUCCAGAUCUCUCAGAACCCUGUCCAGUGCACGCUCUGCCUCUAACCGCACCAUUGACUCUGCUGUUCGGUCCUGGACAAGAUCAAUCUCUUCCACGCCCGCGCGUGCAGCAGUACAUCGCGGAACUACUCUCGCAACUGCCUCGGGCAUUCAUGCCCCAAAAGUUGCGCCAUCGUUUAGUGUAGCACCCUCACAACGUCGAUCCAUGUUCAUUCAGACGGAGACCACGCCUAACGACGAUUCUCUCAAAUUCAUACCUGGCGUAGGUGUCAUGGACGAAGGAACCGCAGAGUUCCUUGACACACGAUCAGCGUUAAAAUCUCCACUUGCAAUCCGUCUUAUGGGCAUUGAGGGUGUGAAAGCCGUUUUUUAUGGACCGGAUUUCGUCACGGUGUCGAAGGAUAGCGAAAACUCAUGGGCAGUCCUCAAGCCAGAGAUCUACUCAAUAAUUAUGGAACACUUUUCUGCUGGUUUACCUCUUUUCCGUUCACAAGAGGACAGAGAAGCCGCCGGCCCUCAGGACACUCAGAUUCUUGACACGGACUCUGAGACGGUAGCAAUGAUCAAAGAGCUACUUGAAACUCGUGUCCGACCAGCGAUUAUGGAGGACGGUGGCGAUAUAGAAUACCGAGGGUUUAGUGACGAAGGCUUUGUGAAAGUCAAAUUGAAGGGAAGUUGCAGAGGGUGUUCGUCUAGCGCGGUGACAUUGAAGUCAGGAAUUGAGAGAAUGUUGAUGCAUUAUAUUCCGGAGGUGAAGGGUGUAGAGCAGAUCUUGGAUGAAGAGGAGGUUAUUGCAUUAGAUGAGUUUGCCAAGCUCGAGCAACGGCUAGCGAAGAAUGGAGAUUCUAAGAUGGCUCCGUAUAUGUCCGUAUGAGUGCCUGCUAUCUUACACUACUGGAUUGUUUCUACUUUGAUAUACUUCUCGAUCUCCGCGGGUGGUAGCAGAGCACCCCAUGUCCUCAAGUAUAUCUCACUUCCGGAGGAGGUUGUAGCUCGCCAAUGUUCGACAAGCACUGUGUCGCCCUCAGUUAUGUCUCAUGCUCCACGUUCGAGGUUCGCCGCUUGGCCCGAUGGAGUUCCUCCAUAAUUCUACUACGGUGUCCCACACCCUCUAAUUUUCCUGCCGGCGUCAAGUCAUCAGCUAUUCAAUUACCAUGACCUGCUUUCUCCAUCCCGGCGAACGAGGUGGGACGUCGCCUGGCUGGUAGUCAGCCAGGAAUCGAUGUGAAUGAUAAUGAAGAAUAGGCAAUA